AAGAGAGUAAAAAAAUGAGAAUGUUGCUUUAUUGAGAAUACUGAAGUUUUUAAACUACUUCAAAGGAAAACCUUUGCAACAUAUUCAGAUCGUUCGAAAUCUUUCAACAGCCAACAAGUGACUAAAGACAGAAAUAAGAAAUUUUUCUAAUUUUUCUUCUUGCGGUUGAGUGAAAAGUGGAAAAAAAGAAAUAACCGAGAAAGUCAUAAAGUUAUUUAACGAAAAAAUUUAAUGUUUAUAAGAACCUAAAACUCCAAUUCUGAUAUCACUGAUAAAGAAAAACAGAACGAGAGAGUGUCGUGGAUUUUUGGAAAGCAAAAACAUGUGUUUAAAACUCAUUAAAAUAUCUUAUCAAUUCGAUUCGAAUAUAACGUAGAACAAAUUUAUAAAGAAAAGGGAAAAAGUGAUAACAUUUCUCAGACGUGAGUUGAUAAAACAAGAAGAAAAGUAUCUAAAAGUCAAACUCUUUUUCAUCUCGAAGGAAUUUUUCAUUCGAAAAACAAACAAAAAUACAUUUGGCGAGUUCAAUUCAAAGUCUCGGGCGAUUUACAAAGUCGCUACAUUUAUUUCGUGAUUCUCACAUGACUGAUUCUAGAAAUAAAUUGCAGAUCCGUGCUUGUGUUUAAGACGAAACUCGAGACAAUCAAUUGUUCAUUAUAAUCACAGUUUUCAACCGUGUUGUUUUAUUGCUCGCACGGGGCAAAGAAAGUGGAAAGAAGAAAACUAAAAUAAAAAUUAUUUAGUAGAUUAUAAAUAGAAAUUUAAGUUGUGACUUCCAUUUCUACGACUAAAUUCUUGUGAUAUUUUCUCUUCAACAAAAAAAAAUUAAGAAAAUAUCUUCUGAUGUUUACAUGUGACUGAGAAAAGCAGAUCAUUAAAUCACAUCGUGCCGUGAUAAUAAUUUUUCUUAAUAGCAAUUUCAAUUGUGAUCUGUGACAAAACGUGAGUGAGAACAGCGUCAAUUAAAGAUUAUUCCGAUUGAAGAUCAGAGAUAAAAGAAAUAAAAAGUGUAACAAUCAAACAAAAGAUAAAAGAUCUUAAUUAAAGUAUAAAAAAAACUUUAAAUUUAUCAUCAUGGUGUCAUCGCAAAAUAACGACCAUCGGAAUGGUCACGUUUUAGUCGAAAGUCAGCAGACUAGAUUAAAUUCUGAUAAUGAAGCUCAUCAUCCAACUCCUAAAGGUUUCGGAACAAGACAUUAUGUUACAUUCAUGCUGUUUUUAGGAAUGGCAAACGCCUACAUUAUGAGGACAAAUAUGUCUGUUGCUAUCGUGGCAAUGGUUAAUCACACAGCAAUCCAUCCUGACCCGGAGAUAUUCGACAAUGAAUGCCCUGACACUGACUAUGGAAAUCAUUCAGAACAUCAACAAAACGGAGAGUUUGAAUGGACGACAAGCAAACAGGGUUGGAUUCUGUCGUCAUUUUUCUAUGGCUACGUGUUGACUCAGAUCCCUUUUGGUAUUUUAGCUAAAAAGUAUGGAUCAUUAGGAUUUUUAGGAUGGGGAAUGUUUAUUAAUUCCGUUUUCGGAUUUUUGGUUCCAAUCUCAGCACAUUGGGGAGUCGGUUGGUUGAUCAUUGUAAGAUUCAUUCAAGGGUUAGGAGAAGGUCCAAUUGUUCCAUGUACUCAUGCAUUACUUGCUAAAUGGAUUCCACCUCAGGAAAGAUCUAGAAUGGGUGCGAUUGUGUAUGCAGGUGCACAGUUUGGAACAAUUAUCUCAAUGCCCAUAUCAGGAUUAUUGGCUGAACAUUCAUGGCCAUCAAUUUUCUACGUUUUUGGAUUUAUUGGUGUUGUUUGGAGUCUUGCAUUUUUGUGGACAGUUUAUGAAGAUCCAACAUCAAAUCCUAAGAUGAAAAUUGAAGAGAAGAAAUACAUCAAUCAAGCACUUUGGGGUAAUGGAACAACAGAUAAGUCACCAACAAUUCCAUGGAAAUCUAUAGCCAAGUCAAUGCCGUUCUAUGCUAUUUUAUUUGCACAUAUGGCUCAAAACUAUGGAUAUGAAUUCUUGAUGACCGAAUUACCGACCUACAUGAAACAAGUUCUAAGAUUCUCAAUCAAAGAAAAUGGCUUCCUUUCAUCAGUUCCUUAUCUUGGCAUGUGGAUCGCUUCAAUUCUUCUGUCAAUGAUAGCUGACUGGCUUAUUAGCACUGAAAAAGCCAGCAUAACUGUUACAAGAAAGAUUUUCAAUGUUAUUGGUCAGUUUGGCCCAGCAAUAUGUUUGGCAGCAGUUUCAUUUACUGGUUGCAAUAGAGUUUUGACAGUUUUCUUAUUGACUGUCGGAAUAAGUCUGAACGGUGGCAUUUAUAGUGGUUUUAAGAUAAAUCAUCUUGACAUUUCACCAAGAUUUGCUGGAAUUUUAAUGGCAAUUAGUAAUUGUUCAGCAAAUUUGGCUGGUUUAUUGGCACCAAUAACUGCUGGUUAUUUAAUCGAUGGAAACCCAACAAUUGCGCAAUGGCAGAUUGUGUUCUUCAUAGCUUCAGCUGUUUAUGUUAUAUGUGCAACAUUCUACAUAUUCUUUGGAUCGGGAGAAAGACAGGAAUGGGACAACCCAGACAAUGAUCAUCUGCAUAAGAAUGAAAGCGUUCCGAACGAAACAAAUCGAAUGCUUCAAACUGACAAGAACUAAGGCUAAUUCAUUAUUGUAAUCCAAUUCUUGGUUCAAGUCAAUGAUCAUACAUAAAUACAUAAUUACCACUAAAUAUCUCAAUGUUCAAAAUACAAAAAUCAUAAAUAUAUUCGAAUCCCUUCAUAUUAUCGAGCAUUGUUGAAGAUAAAAAAUUGUAUUUGUAAGAGUAAAAGUUUUUAAGGAAACCAAUUAAUGAGAUUUUUAUUUUCUGGAUGGCGAGAAUAAAUUUAUUUC